AAACAAAUGUGGCUCUGUGGCAUCUACAGUCUGUUAACAAAACCCUAGAAUCGCAAGCAUUGAUGUUAUUAGGGACGAGAAUGUCUAAUUCCCGGUUAAUUCUGUCAUUGUUAUUCCGGUUUAUUCUCAUCAUUCAACUUCUAUCCAGAGUUUCAGCUAUCAGGAAAGAUCCCAACCUUCUAGAGAAACGAAUUUGCAGAACUACAGUCCAAGGAAGAUACCUUCGAACUGAUGAUAAUGGCCAUGUGUGUGAUGCUCUAUCGAUGGACCCACAGUCUGGAUGCUGCUUUGGAAAGAGAGAGCAAUUCUCUUGUCAUGGAUGCAACCUCAUUUCACAGUGUUGCAAUUCUUAUGAAUUUUGUGUUUCAUGCUGCCUGAAUCCAGCACGGACUCAAAAGGAAUUAGCACUUAAGGUGAAGAUGGCCAAGCCAGUAAGUGCAGGGGCUUAUGCAAGUGUUUUUGAUUUCUGUACUGGGAGGUGCCGUCAUAAUUCUGAGAGUGUGGUACAUGAAAAUGCUUAUCUUAGCGAUUUCCAUCACUGCUUUUCUCUGCCAUCAAAUUCUACAGGUGUGUCCAGAUAUAUCAUGGCUGAGAUGUUAUUCCAUGUGACCCAUAUGAUCCUAUCAAGCAUGAGAGGGUUAUGCCAAAGAUGGUAUGUGCUCCACAAGGAAGUCCUCGGAAAUGCAGUGCCAUUACCAUCUGGCGGUGUUGAUAGAAACCCAGAAUUAAGAUUGAAUGGCAUUCAUGUUGUUGUUGGAAGGCAAGGAGAGUCAUGUGACUCCGUUUGCAAAUCAAAUGGGCAAUCAUGUGUUCCAAGCAAGCUCUCGGUGCUUAAUCAAUGCGAAAUUAUGCAGAAAUAUAUGAGCUGCAAAGGAGCAUGUUUGGCAAGCAUUGGAGCUGAUCAACCUGCUGAAGUCGUUGAUGAUGCCCCUAGACAUCUGAAUCCUGGAGCAUGCUUGUAUACUCGAACACAGACAAUUCUUUCUUGUGAUGGUUCACAUCAACAUACAAGGAGACUAUGCCCCUGUGCAUAGUUUAUUAACUUGGAAAUGCCACCAACAGGCAUGGACAGCCAUGGAGGUUUUUCGGCUCUUGUUGACAUAGUCACUGACGAAACAAUACCAAAACAGAGGAGAAUGUUACAUGAACUCUUUAUGUAAUUAGUUUUGUUAAUACUGCACUGAAACAGGCAGAAAUGUUACAUGAACUCAUGCUUAUGUAAUUAAUUUUGUUUCAAUGCUCCUGAAUGAUGAGAAUUUCCAUUUCAGUAUAGAAUACCCUUUUUUAGAUUA